AAAAAUAAUAUCGCAAUAUCAGUACGCCCAGCACUUUCAAAUUAAUGUAAUUCUGCUUAUUGUUCGUCUUACGAGUUGUUACGUUGCAAACUUCAUAGUCAAUAGCGGCUAAUGAACUUGAUGUAAAAAAAGGCGUGAAUCAGUGAGGUAUUUGUUUGUUAUUAAGAAAACAAUUACGGCGCAAUGGCUGUGGCUAGUAUUAUUGUUUGUGGCGUUUAUAUUUUUAUUGGGUUCUUUGCGUUUUUAGUGUUUUUAAUACUCGAGAAUUUUCCUUCUGCACUUUGGGGUUUAGCAACAGGUCUUAUAAGUUUACAAAUAUUCCAUUUACAUUUUCUUGAACAUAAACAACAAUUGGACUUGGCCUAUAACGACAGAGAUAUCGGACAAUUAUUCAUAGUUGGAAUAAUCUGUGCUAUUUUGGGUGGAACUGGAUUUUUAGUCCACACUUCGUAUGAAAUUGCAACGCGAAAAGGAAUAUCUCCAAUUGCAAAUAAUGAAAUAACAAGUAUAAUAUGGUCGUUUAUGGUGUUGAAAGUUAGCGUUGUUUUGGCUUUAGUCGCCAGAAGAUAUCGAAGAAAUACUUCAACAGAAUUUAUUGUGCCGCAAAAUGUGGAAGCCUCCGGUUAACGUCUCUUUUCUUGUCUUUGACUUAAAUCAACGCGUAAUUUAAUAAUUAAUUAUUUUCGUUUUUCAUGAUACUACCUAAUUACAUUUUUUUAUUGCUUAAGUACUACGUAAGUAUUAUUUUUUCUUCGUUUUGAAUGUUUGCUAGUUAUACAUUACAUACCAUAGUACAUAUAUUUGUUUUCCGAAUAAAAUAAUAUUCACAAUUAU